GAAAUAAUGGAACAUCGGCUUCUUCACUUCCAUGUUUCCUCUGCCCCAAAACCCAAACCAACCAACGGCAACGGCCAACCAAAUAAUCAGAACAAAAAAUGUCUGCAAUCCUACGAAGCUACAGAAGCAAAAUCAGGAACAUGAUUUGGAUUCUCAGAGGCAACACAAACAGAACCGAAACCAUGUUGCCAGUUCUGAACGAAAUCACGACCACUCCCUGGAAGUCUCUUGGUCUCAGAACAACACUAGGGUCUCAUUUUGCCCAACAAACGCGCCUCUGGUCUACCUACGACCACAUUCGUGCCGACGUCAACUGCCCCCGUUGCUCCCGCCAAAUGCCCGUCCUCUUCUCCAAUCGCCCCCUAUCCAUUACGGGCCGUGAGUCGGGGCUUUACCAGGCUCUCAAUCUCUGCCCCAAUUGCAAAACAGCCUUCUAUUUCAAGCCCUUCAAGUUGGAACCAUUGCAAGGUAGUUUCAUCGAGGUUGGAAGGGUCAAGGACACGGAGGGGGUUAGUGAGAAAGAUCCCGGUCAGUUUGGGAAAGCGCAAGCUUGUGGAAACCCGGAGGAGAACGAUGCGGCGUCAUCGUCUUUGGGGAGGGAGUUGCCGACGCCCAAGGAAAUUGUUAAGGUGCUCGAUGAGUUCGUUGUCGGCCAAGAACGGGCGAAAAAGGUACUUUCUGUAGCUGUUUACAACCACUACAAAAGGAUAUAUGAUGCCUCGUUCAAUCAAAAGUCAGGUGUAGAAUUUGGAAAUAAUGGAGAUGAAAAUGAGGGCAGUGAUUCUGUUGAGCUGGAAAAGAGCAAUGUACUAUUGAUGGGUCCCACUGGCUCAGGAAAGACAUUACUUGCAAAAACACUUGCACGGGUCGUGAAUGUGCCAUUUGCUAUUGCUGAUGCAACAACAUUAACACAGGCAGGCUAUGUUGGGGAAGAUGUGGAGUCAAUAUUGUAUAAGCUGCUUUUGGAAGCUGAGUUCAAUGUUGAAGCAGCUCAGCAAGGCAUUGUCUACAUUGAUGAAGUUGAUAAGAUCACUAAGAAGGCUGAAAGCUUAAACAUUGGCAGGGAUGUGUCUGGAGAGGGUGUCCAGCAGGCAUUGCUAAAAAUGCUGGAAGGAAUGAUAGUGAGUGUUCCUGAUAAAGGAGCUCGGAAGAAUCCUCGUGGUGAUCACAUUCAGAUAGAUACGAAAAAUAUCCUUUUCAUUUGUGGUGGAGCAUUUGUUGAUUUGGAGAAGACCAUUUCAGAAAGACGUCAAGAUUCUUCCAUUGGAUUUGGAGCACCAGUUCGGGCAAACAUGAGAAGUGGUGGAUUGACUAAUGCCGUAGUGACAUCCUCAUUGCUGGAAUCUGUAGAAAGUGGUGAUCUUAUUGCACAUGGCCUGAUACCUGAAUUUAUUGGACGAUUUCCAAUCUUAGUGAGUCUGUCAGCUUUAAAUGAAGACCAACUUGUUCGAGUCCUCACUGAACCAAAAAAUGCUCUUGUUAAACAGUACAAAAAGAUGUUCAACAUGAACAAUGUCAAGUUACAUUUUACUGAGAAUGCUUUGACAUUAAUUGCAAAGAAAGCGAUGGCAAAGAACACUGGUGCCCGGGGUCUAAGAUCCCUAUUGGAAAAUAUUCUAGCAGAUGCAAUGUAUGAGGUUCCAGACAUAAAGGCAGAAAUUGAUACUAUGAGCAUAGUUUUGGUUGACGAAGAGGCCGUUGGGCCAGUGGAUGCUCCUGGAUGUGGAGCAAAAAUACUUCAUGGUAAUGAUGAACAUGAGCAAUCGUUUCAUGACACGAAGUGCACGGAUCCGAUGGGAGCAGGAGGGGUCACUGAGGGUGAGUUUUUUGAAGACAAAUUGCUGGUUCAGUCCAGAGCCAUUCGAUUGUAGAUUUUAUGUAAUUUUGCUCGUGGACAGACUGCACAGUAAUAGAAGAAAAUUGAAUUUUUUUUUUUUUU